AUGAAUGACCAAGUUGCAGAACAUGUGGCACCUCUUGUGCCAGAAAAUUCUAACAGAGAGAAUCCAGCAAGCAAUGCACAAAGGGUGAUACCUGCACCCUUCCCUCAGAGACUGGUCAAACAAAAGAAGGCAGACCAAUACAAGAAGUUCAUGGAGAUGCUGCGUCAAAUUCAGUUGAAUAUUCCUUUGAUGGAUGCCUUGAGGGAGAUGCCUGCCAAGAUGAUGAAAGAUCUAAUGUCACAGAAGUUUGAUUUUCAGGAUCUAUCCACUGUAACUCUAACACAGACCUGCAGCACAGUGAUGGCAAAACGGAUGGCUCAAAAGAUGUCGGACCUAGUGAAGAGGCCCACUGGUAUUCUUGAUGAUGUGUUGGUGCAAGUGGGGAAGUUCGUGUUCCCUGCAGACUUUGUUAUCCUGGAUUGUCAGGUGGAUGAGGAGAUACCCUUUAUUUUAGGGAGACCAUUUUUAGCCACUGGGAGAGCACUGAUCGACUGUGAGACUGGGGAAUUAAAAAUGAGAUUGAACGAUGAAGAAGUUAUAUUCAAUGUUCAGAAAUCUAUGAGGAGUCCUAGUGAAUAUGCUAAUUGCUCUCUAGUGGAGGUCGUGGAUGUAAUCCUGCAAUAA